GAUCACCGUCCAGAGGACGCAACUUACCCUUAAUGAUCGUAAAUAAUUCAUGUUUUUUGCGUCUCAAACUGUUUGGAAAGCUGAGGAGUGAUGGACAACUUUGUAAUAUAUGGGUAUGAUAAAUGAAUUGUUUUCUAUGAAACAGCACAUUUAAUUUAUUGCUCUUAGAAAAAAAAGAAUAUUAUUCAGAAACUGCAGCAAGGAAAAUGCCCACAGCAAAGAAGCCAAAGAUUGAAAGUGAAGAAUCUUUUCAUCCUGCAGAAAAUGACAGUGAUGAUGAUGAUGAUUUGUUCAUAUCAGUCUGGGAUGGUAAAUCAACAAAAAAGACUUCAUCAGAGACAAGUACUAAAUCCAAACCUGAGUCGUUACCAAAUACAAAGUCCUUUUCAUCAGGAUACAGACAAAGUAAAUCAAAUAAUAGUAUCAACAUCAAAAAUGUUGUUGUUAUGAGUAUAAAUAAUCCAUCAUAUUCAGGAAUUAGUCCCACGAAGCUUCAAAACCAGAAUUCCAGUAAUAACAAUGACCUCAAUUCCAACACAAAUGAUUAUGGACAAACUUCAACAGGGUUGGAUUCUGAUAUGCAUAUUGAAAGUAGUCGCAGCAAAAAUGGUUCAUGUAGUUCUAGUACAAAAAAUGAUUCUGACAAACCAUUGUGUUCAGGAUAUAGUACCAGUGAUCUACAAAACCAGGGUUCCAAUCUUGAUUCCAGCACAAAUAGUGGGGAACAUGCUUCAACCUCAGGAGUAGAUUCCAAUGUACAUAUAGAAAGGAGUGACAGCAAGAAUGAUCUAUGUAGUAGCCCAAGUGACUGGGACAAGCCAUCAUGUUCAGGAAUAAACAUCAGAGACUUUGAUUUGGUGAAUUUAUCUCUCGAGACAGAUUUAUUUCAACUCAAAACCAUGUUUCCUUCAUUGGACGAAGAGGUGCUAAAAAGCUACCUAGAAAUUUAUGAAGACAUUGAGGAAUGUGUGCGUGUUGUUUCCAACUUGAUAUAUGGUGGUGAUGAUGAUGAUGAUAUUCAUAUUAAUGAGGAUAUUAAGCAUACAUGGUCUACAAGCAUUAGUGCAUCUGAAACCAUAGGGAGUACUGAACCAACUGUUAACAGUUCUAGCACUAUCAAUAAACAUGAAAACAAAUCACCAUUAAGUACUCAAUCUAUUUCAUCAACAAAAAAAGAUAAGAGUGUUGAUGAUUGCCCAGGAGGGAAAAGGCUUAAGGACCAAAAUGGUAGAAGCAAGGGUGUACAUGAAGCUGUAAAAUCAGAAAUGGAUUUAGACGAGCAUGACACUAUGGAAAAUAAAGUUCCUCUCAGUAAUAAUAGUAGAGAAAUAGCUUCAAAUUUAUCAUCAAGCAGUUCUUUGCAUACAAUGACAAGAUCACCAAGAAGUGCUAGUAAAAAGCAAAAGCCAAGUUCUAAAGAAGCUUCAAUAGACAUUACUAAUGGAGACAUAAAAGUUAAUCAAAGGGACACCAAGCCUAAAGCUAGCGACUCUCUGCCAUCAACUAAUAUGACACAAGUUGGUAUAGACAUUCGUUAUGGGAAUAAAAAGGUGCACCCUUCAAUGAAGAGAUGCGUAGAUAGGUCUGUUGCAAGUAGGGACAUAGCAAAGCCAUAUACAGGGGGAAAAGAUGUGAAAGCUGCACCAAAUUCUAUUAAUCCUAGAAGUGAAACUUCAGCUGAUGUAAAAUGUACAUUGGACAACUCAAAUGGUUCAUCCCCUUCGAAAAGAGUAUGCAAGGAUAGUAUAUCACAUACGAUGUCUUCUAAUAGCCAUACAAUAUCUUAUAAUUCAAGAGGUGCAGGUAAACCCUCAAGAACUAGUUCCACCUACUCAAUAUCUAACUCGAGCCCUUCAAAUUCACCAUCAGUAGAGAUACAUGACCAAUGUUCAACGCACAACUCUCCAAGUACCAGUACGUAUAUUCCUGUAAGAUCCAGUGAUGCAAAGGGAUCCCCUUCAGCCUCAAGGAAUUCCUCUGACUACCUCAUUACCAGUUCACCAUCGAAAAAGACACCUGGCAAAAGCUCAACACAUGGAUCUCCCAAUUACAGUUCAAGCACCGAUGAUUUUAGGGCCCCUUCAACAUCAACAAGUACAUCUGAUUACUCCUCAACGAAUUCUUCAAACAGGUGUCAGUCAAGUGCUUUAGUCGGCAUUGAUUUUAGCUCUUUUAUCAAUAGUGUAAGCAGAAAGAUGUUAGAAUCACAGGGAAGCCUUUCAAAUUAUUCAACAGCAGGGAUGCCUUCCAAAAAAGGCAAAAGUCCAUCAUUUCCUCCUUUGAUGGAUACUGAUCAAGGCAUACAUAUUGGUUGGGGAAAUAUUGUGAGAAAUAUGAAUGAGACCCAUUCUUCAAGUACUACAAAUACACAACCACAAACUAUCACUCCCAUUCCAACUACGAGUCCUCAAUCUACUGGUGUCAGUCUAGACACAAAAACAAAUAACGAAAAUCAAAACAGGCCAACAACUGCUGUUGGGCAAGAAGACCAAAAUCAAAGUAGUUCUGCAGCCAAUGCUACUCAGAAUAGAUUUUCAACUGGAUAUCUCAACCCAGAGCAAAUUGUGUUAGUGGUGGAGAAAAAGAAACCAGAUACUAGUAAAUGUGUUGAUUUGCCAUCUGAGCCCCAAAGCCUGGCUCAUUCAUCACAGCCUUUAGAACUUUCAGAGGAAGAGGACGUAGCCAGAAAAGAGAUGUUAGACUUACAGAUGGACACUGAGAUGUUAGCUAAAGUAUGUCCAGAGAGUGACCCUAAUUACAUCUUCUCAAGACUUGAAGAAUUGAAGGACAAACCUAAUCGAGUAGCAAUAGUUAAUAAAGAAUUAAUAGAAAAUGCAUCGACUAUGACUUCAGGUGUAGAAAACGUCAUCAAGAAGCAAAAGAAGGUGGCUUGGUUUUGGGAAGAUAAAAAAAUGAGGAGCAUUCCUUUUAGUAGAGCUGAAUCAAAUAUCAUUGAAUCAGAAUACACCAAGCAUGGUAAUGGAAGUUUUGUGAACGUCAAGUUCUCACCUGAAACUCUUCUGUUAUGGUUUGAUUUCAAUGCAAUGACCGUAAAAGAGACACUGAGAAAUAAAGUCAGAAAUGUAUACAGGACUGAAACCUUGGAAGAGAUUGUGCCUGGCAAGAAUGAUAAAAGAGAAGAGACAGGUCUUUCCCUUCUACCACUGUCUAACCCAGAAACAUGGCACGGCCAUGACAGUACUAGUACUAAUAACGCCAGUACAGCCACGACCCGAGAGCUAUUCGAGGUCUUGCCUGGCACCUCAGAAUUUGCACAUGUGGAUGGUCUUCUUAAAAAAAGUCUUGCAAAAGCUGUCAUCAAGAAGAUCAAAAGAGUAAAAAAUGACUGGUUGGAGAGAAAAUAUGGAAUUCAACGUGCAUUACUCAGAGAAAAAAAUGGACCAGCUGGGAUCAAUGAAAUGGAGCUGUUCCAUGGUACUAGGCAAACACCACCAUCAGUAGUAUGGAACAGUGAAGAAGGCUUCGAUAUGCGAUACUCAGCAGACGGCAUGUGGGGACGUGGUUGCUACUUUGCGGUGCAUGCGGCUUACAGCCAUCAUCAGUUCACCUACCAGUAUAUACAUAAGGAGAAACGUUACUAUCAGAUCUUCCUUGCUCAUGUUUUAACGGGUGAAUCCAUCAACAUGAACCCCGAUCGAAGCAUCAGAAAGCCGCCACUUAAUGCUGCCACGAGCCGUCAUUAUGACAGCGUGACGGGAAUCACUAAACGUCAUCGAAUUUAUGUCUUGUACAAGAACGAGGCAAGCUUUCCUGCCUACUUGAUUACAUAUAGUAUGUAGUCAAGGAAACUCUAAAUUUAUGUGUUAGUCGUUUGAUUCAGUUCGGUUUAGAUACGAAACUUUUUGAUGAUGAUGGUGCUGAUCAUGAUCUCAGUGAUGAUAAUGAUUGAAGAUGAUUAUGAGGAUGAUGACGAUGCUGGUGAUAAUGAUGGUUAAGAUUAUGAUGUAUAUGAUGAUGAUUGAUGGUUAUUAUGAUGGUGAUCAUGACGAUGAUGCUGAUGGAU